AUGUCAAAAUUGUCCCCCCGCCUUGUCGAGACUCCUACGAGCAUCAAUAACGAUAACGAUUAUGAGGCUUUCGUCAAUUCUCUGAGGGAGCAGUCCAUUGGCGAAAACGAGAGAGUUACUGUUCCUUUCGAUGGCUCUUCAAGGGAGCUGGUGUAUUGCGACUUCACUGCAUCAGGCCGUAGCGUAUCGGCUAUCGAGGAGUUCAUUACUACCACUGUGUGUCCCACAUACGCCAACACUCACACGUUGGCUUCGGCAACUGCGCGGCAAACGAUGCAGUACCGCGAGGAAGCGAGGGACAAGGUUCGUGAGUAUUUCAAUUGCACUAAAGAUGACUCUGUUAUUUUCUGCGGCGCCGGGGCUACUGGGGCCAUUAACAAAUUCGUUGAAAUCAUGUGUCGUAGUCGGGUCUUCGCCACACAGAAUUCACGGAAGGGACGUCGUCGUGCAGUAUGCUGGUCCCAGUUGCUCACUUCUACCGUCAUCAACCCCUUUCAGGUUUUGAUCAUUGACCCUGUUGCUCAUCAUAGCUCAGUCCUGCCGUUCAGGGAGCUGGCUUUGAGAUAUCCCCUUGCUCGUGUCACUCGUUCGAGAGCCGUCCCGGGAUCGUUCGUCAAGCGGUUCAGUGGUGACAAAUCCGCAGAUGUGGAAGUCGAGUUAGUUACCUUGCCUCUGGACCCAAUCAGAGGAACCGCCUCCGUACGUGGUCUGGUCGGAGUCCUCCAGAAGGUUACAGCAUUCAAUCGUCAUCAUCACGAUUUUGCUGUGCCCGUAGUUGUCCUCUCCGCCUGUAGCAACGUCACUGGAGCCCGUCUUGAUAUACCUACUGUGUCAACUUUGAUUCAUCAAUAUGACGGAAUAGCGGCAUGGGACUUGGCUGCUAUCGCUGCUCACAACAAAGUCGAUAUGAAUCCUUCAUCUCACCCUAGCGGCUAUAUCGACUUCGCUUUCGUAUCGCCACAUAAACUCCUCGGGGGUCCGGGUAGCAGCGGUAUUCUGCUCUGCAAGCAGAAGCAUCAGACCAACGCCGUGCCCGCUGUAUGCGGUGGAGGAGUUGUCCUCCACGUGUCCCGGAGAGGCCAUCAAUAUCUUGACAAUUUGGAAGAACGAGAGGAAGCCGGUACGCCGGACAUCCUAGGCUGCAUUAGGACGGGUGCUGUUUAUUACUUGCAUAUGAUUGUUGGAAUAGAAAGAAUUGCUAUUGCAGAGCAGAAAAUGGCCCACGAUCUCGUCAACAGAAUUCGGGCUCACAGCAAGGUCCAUGUUGUUGGACCGAGGGAUCGAUCCCACUGUGCUGGCAUUAUCUCUUUCAAUAUUUUGUAUAAUCAGCUGGAUACUGCCACGAAGCAUGGCUUGUAUCUGCAUUACAAUUUCGUAAGUGCUGUGCUGAAUGAUCUAUUCGGAAUCCAAGCAAGAGGUGGUUGUGCCUGCGCCGGUCCUUAUGGACAUGCCGUUCUCGGUGUAGACUGCGGCAGUGCUGAGAGAUUUGAAGAGGCCCUCGGUAUGCUGUGUCUCGUGCGUGCGGNNNNCACGCACGGUGGGUCCAGCUAG